UCAACAGACGAGAAAUGUCUCGCCAAAGCAAUGGUCGCUUAGCAACGGACGAAUGAUGUAGAGACGAAUCGUCUAAUCAAAGUAAACUCCCUUAGGUUGAAAUUACUUAAAUCACAUGCACCUCAUCACAUAUGUAUGCUUGAAUCCAAACAUGUUCAAUCAUACUCGGCGAUAGGUACCAUGUCGGCUGGGCCAACCGAGACCGCAAAAUAAUGAAAGUGGUUCCAUUCCAUCUUCACACAUGAAACUUCACUGAAUGAAAACAAUGAUAGCAAUGAAAAUGAGAUGUCAUAUCCAACAUAAACUGACCACACACUUGAAAGAAUUUGCAACCAUUGAAUUCCUUUUAAGUAGGAAAUCCCACUUGGAAACAUAGUCGAAAAACUCGAUUCAACCAUGUUGAGAAAAGUUUUAGAGACAAAAAAAAGAGUAGACCAGACAGGUAUCUGUAAGAGUAAUCCCACGUUUUCUCCUACCAGCAAAUCUUUCUUUCUUGUUAACAAAUCUCUUCUCAAAGCUGCGUUCAAGCUUACCAAACUCAUUUAUUGAAGAAAAGGAUGUAAUAAUUCGUAGAAUAGUAGGAACCACAAGUUAUCAGUCAAUUCGCUUCAAGAAUUUCUGUGAUUGAUUGGACGAAUUGUUUUGGUGGCGAAGAUUUGAAAUUGGACUCAAAGUCCAAGAGGAACUUGUAUACACAUUCAGAUGGAAAAUGAAUGGUAGAUCCCUUGUGAUCACGGCAUACAGCAAUGAAAAAUAUUCCAGGCUCUAUGGGAACAAGUGCUAGUAUUGCUUUGAGACUGGGCCAGGCCAUCUGCUCAUCCGUAUCUAUUUUGUUCAUGUCUUUAGGCGUCGGAUUCUACAGCUAUACAGCCUUCUGCUUUUUGGUAACAAUAAUGGGUUUAGUUAUCCCAUGGAGUUUCACCUUAGCGCUAAUUGACGGAUAUUCCAUCCUGGCUAAGUUCCCAAUACAUCAGUCAGGAAUGUUGCAAGUUAUCAUUCUAGGGGACUUGGUCUUAUCGGUUCUCACACUGGCGGCAGCAAGCUCAACUGCAAGUAUUGUUGAUCUUCUGCUCAAAGCGGAUGUCUCAUUCUGUCCUCCAAGAAUCUGUAGUAGAUAUCAGAUUUCAGCCGUGGAUGUCAUACAAAGUUUGCAGACAGUGAGUCUUACAGACACUAAUAUCUGUGCAAGGUAA